AUGUCACAGAAGCUGGGACAUACGGGGCUGGCUUUUGCGCGUCUUUGGCAUCACGUCGACGUUGCCCAGGAGAAAAGAACGUUGGGUAGAUUGGCGAGUUCCAUAGCAUUAACGUUGAUUGGGAAACACAAGCCGGUGUAUCAUCCAACACAAGAUUGUGGAGACUACGUGGUGGUUACAAACUGCCAGUUUUUGCGUGUCUCGGGUCAAAAAUUUGAUCAGAAGAAGUACUGGUCUCAUUCUCAAAAACCUGGCCAUCUCAAGCUUAUAACGAUGAGAAAAAUGGUGGAAAACAAAGGUCACGGUGAAAUAUUAAGAAAAGCAGUCAGCGGUAUGCUUCCCAAGAAUAAACUUCGCAAACCUCGUUUGGAGAGGUUGAAGGUGUUCAGCGGUAGUGAGAAUCCAUAUAGUUCCAACAUCGCAGCUUAUGUCGACCAACGGCCCAAGAUCGAGAAAAAGCUUAAGCUUUUGGAAUCUAACUAG